AUGUCGGGGCAGCUUCUACUGCAUGAGUUUGAUUCACAAGUGGCUGCCGUCAGGGAGGGCAUGGCCCGACUCGUGCCUGUACCUCUGCUGUCUCUCUUCACCGGCUACGAGCUAGAAACCAUGGUGUGUGGCAGCCCAGACAUCUCUAUCACGCUGCUCAAGUCUGUAGCGACGUAUAAGGGAGUGGAGGCGUGUUCAUCGCUCGUCGCGUGGUUCUGGGAGGUGAUGGAAGAGUUCUCCAACACCGAGCGAUCGCUGUUCCUGCGCUUCGUCUGGGGUCGCACGCGGCUGCCACGCACCAUCGCCGACUUCCGCGGACGCGACUUCGUGCUACAGAUACGGAUCAAGUGA